CUGUCGAUCCGAAUGUAAUAGGAACGGAAUCGAUCGCUAUACAAUGGCAGCCCCAAGCACCCUCAUCGACACGGACAGCGACGAAGAACUGCCUGCUGGCUGGGAAGAGAGGAGUACAGGGGAUGGUCGAGUAUAUUAUGCUAACCAUCAAGAUCAGACAACAAGUUGGAAUCAUCCUCGCACUGGGAAAAGGAAACGGAUCACUGGAGAACUUCCAUUUGGGUGGACUAAGGCAGUUGAUGACAAAGGAAGACAAUUUUUUGUUGACCAUUUGAACAAGAGAACAACAUACACAGAUCCCCGCCUUGCCUUCGCCAUGGAAGAGAGCCCAGAUCCGACAAAGCUAGCCCAGCGGUUUGAUGCAUUCAGCACGGCUUUGCAUGUAUUACAAGGGAGAGAUCUCAGUGGACAGUAUGCUAUUAUUACUGGAGCUAACUCGGGCAUAGGAUUUGAAACUGCUCUGUCAAUGGCAUUGCAUGGUGUUCAUGUUGUCCUUGCAUGCCGGAACCUGAAGAAGGGGAAUGAUGCCGCGUCUAAAAUCAAGAAGAGGUUAGACCAGGCCAAAGUUAUUGUGAUGCAGCUGGAUCUGGCAUCACUUCGGAGCAUUGAACAGUUUGCCCAGAACUACAUGCUGCGUGAUUGGCCCCUCCAUAUGCUGGUCUGCAAUGCAGGUAUUUUUGGUGCACCAUGGGAAUUGACCGAGGAUGGGAUCGAGAUGACCUUUCAGGUCAACCAUGUUGGACAUUUUCACCUGGUCAACCUACUGACCGAGACAUUGAAGAAAUCUGCACCUGCUAGGAUCGUGAUAGUUUCAUCCGAGUCUCACAGGUUUAUAAACUUCUAUUCCAACAAGUUGGACCUUAGUGAGGUAGCCAUGCCAAAGGAAAAGUUCUGGCCCGUCCUCGCCUAUGGUCGUACCAAACUCUGCAACAUUCUCCACAGCAAUGAACUCAAUAGAAGGCUGUCCCCACAUGAUGUGAUAUGCAAUGCAGUCCACCCUGGCAAUAUGAUUUACACGGGGAUCAGCCAAAACUGGUGGCCAUAUAGGAUAUUGUUUAUGAUGGUCAGGCCUUUCACCAAAUCAGUUCAACAAGGAGCAGCUACAUCUAUGUUCUGUGCUACGGCCAGGGAGCUAGAAGGUGUUGGAGGAAUGUACUUCAAUCACUGCUGUGCCUGCAUGCCUUCAGAAGAAGCCCAGAAUAAAGAACUUGCAAUAGCUCUCUGGGAGAAGACAGAGAAUGUUAUCAAAGACGCUCUCUCUAAAAGCACCUUAUAACCAGAACUUUGAGCAUUUUGCUACAUGGAGUCGGCAGAAAUAACCUGUUCUGGAGAAUUCUAUCACUGCUGACAUUUAUCAUUCUCCAUUGACAGACCGUAGUGAGCUGGUACGGGUUCUGUUGUGGUGAUACAGAGCCUGACUUCCAGUGAAAACUUUCACACAGAAAUUAACGGAUCACACAUUAAUUUUCAAAAUCCACUUCUAAACAUCCAAGUGGUAGAAGGUUGAGACAAUGUGAUUUGCUUGAAGACUGACCAAGUGUUUUUUUUUGCCUGAUUCUUGCGAGCAUUAACAAAAAUCAACAUAAAAUUUCAGCUCCACACACAAAUCAAACUAAAUAACCGGAGCAUGCACAUCAUCUGGGGAGCUUGUCGCUGAUCAGUACAGAGAUGUUCCUUCAUCUCUCUUGGGUAAUAUAAUUUCUCAAACCUGUCAGUUGAAGUUUCAAAUUUUAAUCGCGAUAAUCCUUGUCAAGAAUCCGCUUCCGUAAGUUCUUCAGAAUUAAACUGUCUCCUUUGGCCAAACCUUCCUACAAACUGGUUCUGCACAGUGUUCAAGGGGGAGGGGCUCGUUUGCCUUUCAAUGGGUCUCCUUGUAUCUCUCCCUACAUCUCCCACUAACCUCUUCUGGGUAGUCAUUAUAGGUUCCUACUUUGAGGCUUUUGAGUUCCCGCUUGCAAGUUGCCCUCUCCUGUUUCCCAAAUUUCCAAGGAUGAAAUGGAUCAACUUCUUACUGUCUUCACAGCAACAGGAAGUCCACAAUUCCUGCUGAUGUUGCCCUGUCCACAGCAAUGGAAGCAUUAAAGAGAAAUUCCAGUAGUUGCAGUUAACACUGAUUUCAUGAGAAAGUCUGUAAAACAAGGCUUAAUUGCCAGU